GAAAAUGGUUCACUGGAAUCAGUAGACCAGUGGACUCCAGCUAGUGCCGUGAAGCGUGCAACAGUAUCGAACCUACCCGGGAGCAUCGGUGGGUGCCUACGCGUAGUGUGUCAGUUCCCAACGUGGUUUUCGACUAGAAGGAUAUACUAACGGCUACCAGUCCUUACCGGGCCAUGUGCUUCUGAUGUGCAGCGUCAAGUGCAGUUUUUAGUUGAAUCUACAGCGGCUUCGGGAGCACCAUGUUACAUCAUACAUAAAUUUUACGCGAUGAAGAUGUAUUUGUUUCUGGCUAUCCUGAUAUACAAAUGCAGCAAUCAUUUCUCCUGCGCCGAGUAUGAAGUGGUUGAAGCAAGCAAAACGGAUACCGAUCCUAUCGCCUCGUUGGACUUCAAUCCGGAGAGUGAAAACGAUUACACAAACAACAACGGGAUGGUAUUCGAAUUUCGACGCAGCAUCAAAAGCGAUGACACGGAAAUAGAAGCCAGGAGGCGAAGUGCUCUGGACAAGAACUUCAUGCGUUUCGGGAGAACAGAUCCUACAACUUUACAGCGUGUGGCUCGGGAGAGUAAGCGAGCUAAUCUAAUGCGAUUCGGUCGGGCAGGUCAAGGAUUUAUGAGGUUCGGUAGAAUUCCUGGAGACGUUCCUUACUCGUUGGUACAUUAUGACGAUACUAACGGGAAGAAUUAUAAUUCGGAUGAUGAACAAUCAAGUGAAGAAAUUGCGUAUUCCAAACGAACGCCAAACUCCGAUGAGAUUACAGAAGUUAGUGAAUCUGGAGAACAAAUCAAACCCAAACAAUUGGUAUAUUACAGACGAGAUUCUCCCAAGAAUUUAAUGAGAUUCGGUAAACGGGCAGAUCCCAACAAGUUCCUUCGAUUGGACCGUGCAAACCUUAUGCGGUUUGGACGAUCUGGUGCUGCAGUGAAUCUACAACGAGGGAACUUACUCCGUUUCGGCCGGGCAAAUGGAAACCUGAUGCGAUUCGGGCGCUCGAAUAGUAAUUUAAUGCGUUUCGGCAGAUCUGAUCCACGAUUUUUGCGACUGAUAAAAAUGGAUAACAACUUCAUGCGAUUUGGGCGGUCAGAUAAAUCAUUAAAAUCGUUCGAGAGAAACGAAACGGGGUCCUCGGGAUCCUUAGUAUCUUCGAAUGACGAUAACAAAAGUGAAUUAUCGCAUCACAUUCAACUAGCGGACGACAAAGUUGAUGCUCCAUCCAAAUCCGAUGAGGAUUAUGAAAUUCACAUGAGGGAAGAAGAUAUCCUUGCUCCAAUUUUCCUUCCAAAUAAAUAGUUUCCCGCAUAAAUCGCGCGGAAAAGUUAGUGAAUACACAUAGAAUUCACUAUGGCCAGAUUGUUAAUGAUAUUAAAAAUACGUCCGAUAAGUACUAUGUUAUCGCUAUUGGACUGAUAUGAUAAGGCUGGGAUUAACAAUCUGGCUAUGGUGAAGCAAGGCGAAACCUUCCACUCCUAAACAAUUCAAGAAUGCCAAAUGAAUUAGUCAACAAACCAGAUGAAGUGAUUCUUAUUCUAUAUAUAGCUAUAUUUAUAAAUUUACACAUACAUUGUAGUCGUUAUUAUCAUUAUUAUCUCAAUCACACUGAUUUGCUGUAAAGUAAAAUAAAAUUUAAAUACGCAUUGGAAAGACGACAUCAACUUAUAUAUUUAAAAAUACCCGAAACCCAUUGUUUCAAUUAUAAUCUUUUCAUUUAUGCAAAAAACUUUCCCUUUUCCUUUUUUGUCAGAUGGCAGCCCAAUGCGAUUAUAAGAGGAAGAAAAAUACUCACUGAAAGAAUUUUAAGUAUCGUCUGCUCUAAUAGAGAGUGCAUUUACCCAUAUUAAAGUUAUGGCGGGCAUUUCCGUCCGAGAAAUAGCAUGCAAAGGUUUGACUUCACCGUUUAAGAACAUCGGAAAUGAAAGAGUAAACUCCAUGAAAAAUUGAAACACAAAAAAUAUCAAUAAAAAA